AAAGAAGUGGUAAACUUGGAGGACCUGAUCCAACACACGACUAAAUGCAAAUACAAUGUCGACAAAAAUGUAAAGAAAUGCAAGAAAUGCUUUUGCGAGCAAAAGUCUGGUCACGACUGCAUUAAAUCGUUGCUUGAAUUGAACCGUAAGGCCAACGAAGAGAUCGAUGCCUUAAAACGCAAACCAAUGGCCACUAGUCCUCCGGUCAGACAACCGGCACCUCAGCCACCGAUGCCUGUGGUCUCCGCACCGGUGCGUCCGAUGAGUCUGUUCAACACGGGUGGGGCCGCCAGUGCUCUUCGGGAACAGCAAUUGAUGCGCGAAAUUAAUGAAUUGAAAACCGAGAAAAUGAACUUUUUGAAGACCAUUCAAGACCUGUCCAACACUGCGCCGACAGUCACUCCCACUAACAAUACUGUCAUUAAUAAUAACCAAAGAUUAUCACAACCGGAGCCAAAACCUCUCUUCACGUCGUCAUCGGAGAUCUCAGAGCAGGAGAUAUUCAAUUCGUGUCGCAAACAGUUGUGGUCACCGGAAGUGUUGCAAAACGAGAUGAACAAAGAAGUGACACAGAAGCUGAUGACUAUAGUGAGGGCUCAGAUCAAGGAGUAUAACAGCAUUUUCGUCGUUUGCAAGAAUAUCACCGAAAAGCUGAACGAAGAGUUUGGCCACCGAUGGCACUGUUUGGCCGACCAUAAGAAUGGCCACAAAUCGUACUUCACGUACGAACCCGGAUAUCUUAUUAACAUUAAAUUCGGUCUAUUAUUCUUCGAGAUCUAUAAAACACAAUUCCUAAGCGUACAGACAAUGCGACAGCGAUUCAAAUCGGGUAAAAUCAAGCGCGAGAUUCAGAUACUGCGGACAGAUAUGAAGCAGAGUAUGAUUGCGGACGUGAAGAAAAUCACGUUCGCCGCCGUCGACAAGUCCGACACAUUGACGGCCGUCUCGUCGGAGAUCAAGACACAGAUGGAGAAGCGCUAUCCGCAGCACAUGUGGCAGUGUUUCAUAUUUGGCUACUUCGGUGUGUUUGGCAUUCAUCACACGUGCGGCACAUUCAUCAGCUUCGAUGUCGGUCAGCUCACUGUCACACUGUUUCAGGCAAACACCAGCUAAUGGAAAUGUAAUGUAUGUUUGUCUUUGUGUGUCGCCUAUCCUUAUCGUACGUACAGGUGUUGAGUGUUUGCCAUACGAUUGCUGUACACUUCCUCAUCCAUUGAUUCAAUGUGUGGUAUAUUUUCAGUGAUAAUCUAUAGUCAAUAGAAACGUAAACUCAAUUUUUGUGCCUUUUUAAGCAUAUAUUGAUAUUUUUGAUCGAUUACUGUAUUUUGUGGUAAUAAAUGAACGCCAAUUAUAUAACACAAUAAUUUUAAAUGUAAUGAUUGAUUGUGAC